GCCUACAACGAACAUUUAGCGGUAUAUCACCUUAUUAUUACGUUUUCCUGCGUUGAAAAUUUUUAACUGAUCACCGUUUAAGAAAUCGCGGGAAAGAUGGGUAAUCAAGGAAGUAGCAGUCAGGAACUAGGUGUUAAAUUGGAGAAUGAUACUACUGUUACCUGGAAGAAGGUGACAUCAUGCAGUUUCCCUUUGCGUGAGGGACAGUGUGCUUGUUCCCAAGGCAACAAUAUGUAUGUGUUUGGUGGAGUCAUAAAUGAUGGGGAAAAUCACAUUGAAAGUUGUGAAUUAUUAAAAUUUAAUGUUGUCGAUCUAACAUGGACUUUAAUUGAUGCCAAAGGAACCCUUCCAGAACCUCUGUCUGCUGCUAGUUUAGUGUCAGUGGGAAAUAAACUUUACUUAUUUGGAGGCCUUAAUCAAGAAACAGGUUGGCAAGACAGUCUCUAUGUUUUUGAUACAGAUACCAGUACAUGGUCUAAGAUAGAUGGUGAAGGGAAGAAACCUAGUGCUAGAGACAAGUUACAGGGAUGUGUAAUGGAUUCAUGUAUAUAUUAUUUUGGAGGAUUCGGACCACAGCUGACUGGAGAUGAAGAUGAUGAGGACUGGGAAGAUAUGGAUGACAGUGAUGAUGAUGUUAUAGAUGAAGCAAAAACACAGAAAGCUGCUCAGUUUGGUUGGUUUAAUGACCUUUACUCAUUUGAUACAGCUACAAAUAAAUGGUCACAACCAAUGCACAUGAAUCUCGGGGUGCCAAAGGCUCGGGCAGCACAUGGUAUGUGCUCUGUGGGACGUAAUCUUCUCAUAUUCGGAGGACGAGACACAGAAAAACGUACAAACGAUCUCCAUAUUUUCAAUGUUGACACAAGGAAGUGGGAGUUGGACAUGAAGAUAAAUGGUGAAAGGCCAGUUGCACGGUCAUUUCACACAGCUACAGCGGUCGGUAAGCGGAUGGUAGUAAUGGGAGGCCGAGGACAGGAUAACAAUCAUCUCGCAGACUUCCAUAUAUUUGAUACUGAAACAAAAGAAUGGAUGCAACCUGAGGUGUUGGGAGACACACCUGAGGCUAGAGGGCAGCACUGUGUGGCAGUUGUAGGGGAUAAACUUGUCAUGUAUGGAGGAACCUCACAUUUCAAUACAGAAACUAUGAUGUGUUCUAAGCUUCAUGGUGAUACAUAUGUUCUACAAAUAGCUGAUGUACUUAAAGGACAAGCAAUACAUACAGACAAUACUCAGGGAAACAAUACAAAUGAUACUCAAACUAAUGGUUCCACGUCAUGAUUCCAAUUAUCAUCAUGUUUUACUUCAUUCAAUGAAAUCUUGUAUAUAAAUAUAUAUUAAUUAAAGAUGGAAAAUUA